UACGUUCCACCAGGCUUCUGGGAUCAUCUGCUGCAGCCAUGACGCGGCUACUUCUGGUCCUAAUUUUCUUCACAUUUAAGAAGUCUGCGUGCGGCGCAAAAGACAACUCUGUAGAUUAUCACGGGCCACACCCUGAGUCGAUACAUCCAGACCCACCUGAACAGACAGAAACUCCGGGCGCCUUCCAGUCGGACAUGAUGCUCACGGACGAUCAAGCGGAGGAAAUCACCUACAGCUUUUUGUUUGGAGACGUUCAUCCGCGACGAGCAGUUCGAACUAGUAGAUGGCCCCAGGCGAUAAUCCCCUACGAGAUUGAUGGCAACUUUGGCGAGGGAAUGCGUACCAAAAUCCGGGAAGCCAUGGAUUGGUGGCGAGAGGACACAUGCAUAACUUUUGAAGAAUACACGCCCUCAGGAAACCCUGACAGUGACCACCGCGUGCGUUUUAGGAAGGUGGCUAGCGGGUGUUGCUCUGAUGUUGGGAUGAUUAACCAUUUUCCCCAGUACAUCAGCCUCGAGGAAAAUUCAUGUGACUUGACGGGAACAAUAGCGCACGAGAUUGGUCAUACGGUGGGUUGGUGGCAUGAGCACUCCCGAAUAGACAGGAAUGAAUACGUUACCUUACGCCCAGAGAACAUACAGGACGGCGAGGAAAAACAAUUUGUUCAGCACGACAGUGAGACCUUUGGCAUUCCGUAUGACGUAGAAUCUAUCAUGCACUACGCAUCUACGUAUUUCUCCAAAAACGGCAAAUUGACCAUCGAACCAAAAUAUCCGCUGGACAUGUUCAAAAUGGGCAACCGCAAAUUCUUCACAUUUUACGACAAGAAAUUUGCAAAUGUCAUGUACAACUGUUCCCAGAAUUGUGAAGAUUUGCAGUGCGAAAACGAAGGGUACGUGGGAAAAGAUUGUGUGUGUCACUGCAAGCCCGGUUAUAGCGGUCAACAUUGUGAGGUGGAUAAUGGAGAUAGCGUCGACGACGGUGGCUGCAUUCGGGAACUGGAAGCUGACAUUAAUAUUGAUAAAGUAUUUACUUCUCCUGGUUACCCCAAAGGAUACGGACCCAAUUUGUUUUGUACCUGGCUGAUCACGGGUCCAGAGGGCACAACCGUUUCUCUCAGCUUUCUUGUAUUUGACACAGAAGCGUCACAUUGUCAAAACGACUAUGUCAAAAUAAGAGAAGGCCCGGACAUAUACAAUGGCGGGGACAGAUACUGUGGCCACACCCCGCCGGAGACAAUCCAAUCUGUGGGCAAUCGUAUAAUGGUUAUGUUCAUGUCAGACGGUAUCAUAAGCAAGAAAGGCUUCUUGGCGCAGUACCGAGCAGACAACGUCUCGGUCCCACCAACCACCACCCAGCCUCCGCUUCCCACUACCCUGCCCGCAGAAACAACUCAGGCUUCAACCACUACCCUGCCCGCAGAGACAACUCGGGCUUCAACCACUACCAUGCCCUCAGAGACAACUCAGGCUUCAACUACUACCGAGAUAAUAAUUCCAAAAUGCCAAACCGUUGAAGGAACGUGCGGGGGGACUUUCAAGAAAGAUUCAGGUUGCAUCGCGUCUCCCAAUUUUGGGCAUGGCGAGUACAACAACGACGAAGAGUGUGUUUAUUACAUCCAGGUUAAAGCAGGCAAACGAGUCGAAUUGAGGGUGGAACAACUCGACGUAGAACAUCAGGCUACGUGCACUUGGGACAAAGUAGAGAUUAUUCCUGGUCCAACACUUGGCUCUGUGAGGAUGUGCGGUGAAUCGCCUCCAGAGGGCACUAUUGUGUCACUGGACAAUACGAUGACGGUCAAGAUGAUCAGCGAUGCACUCGUCGCUGGAGGGGGCUUUGCAGCGAGCUUUGAAGCCAUUACUGUGGUCUAAAGACAAUGACAAACGCCCUGCCGCCUUUGGAACGUUCAAAGUGUUAGUUCUUGCCUACCAGCGGCUGGAAAAAUGGCCUGCUGUCAAUUUUAAACUUCCAUGCAGCUAUAAAAAAAUAUCAAAUUGAUCCUACCAAACUUAGGCUUUUAUAAGAUUUAAACACUCAUUGCUGUUUUAGGCAAAGCCUAAAAGCCAGUUUCUACAAAAUAGGCAAGCCAUAUACCAGUCGUUGGCAAUAAGGGAAAGGCCUACCAUUAGGGUAUAUCAUAAUAAUGAAAAUGUAAUAUUUCAAAAUUUCAUUAAAAGAAGUUGGCUCAUUACAUGCGAUUUAAGUUGGUUCAAUUGCUAGCAUUUUCAGCCUUUUACGCCAUACCUGGUCACCUCUCUCUUCGCAACAAAAUCGUUAGACUCAAAGUUUUUUUUAUUAAAGCGGUUCACAGUCAUUAUGCCUUCACAUUAUGUGACUUUCACAUUAUUAUACCAAGCUGUUUCACAGUACUGCAUACUUAAGUAAUAUAAUCAGAAAACGUACUGCUGAAGUGUACAUCUAAAAGGUUUUGUAGGAUUUCACUUAACCGUCACAGCCGGGUGGGGGAGGACUCGCCCCCCCUCCAAGAACUUGGCUGCGCCAUGCUCGAUUUCCUUUUUAACUUUGCAUAUAUAACGUAAAGAAGCGCAUGAACAAUAUCCAGGUGAAGUUUGAACUCAAUCAAUCAUAUGGGUUUGUUGAUGCGGGCAUUUGAAGUUUAAGGCUACACGCGUGUCAGGGCGCGUGCAGUGGGUACCACAGUGGGGAAAAAGUAAACACUUUUGGCUUAAAUGUCUUGGAAAAAUGGGCGCUGCGCGAGAACGGUACGCUUGAUUUUUGCAAAGAUGUUGUCAAAAUGACCACAAAGAGUCUCCUAGACACCCUAAAAGGCUUAGCCUUAAAAAAUACACUGCCACGAUAUCGGACAAAAACGUUAAGGGGGCGCAUACAAGUUCAUUUACUCAGAGGAGUAACCGUCAUGCUAAAAAAAAAGUAAAACGGAAAUAGCACUGACCAAGUAUGUGUUUCAUAAUUUGAGGUGAAUCACAUUUAUCAGAUCAUAAGUAACGUCCUAUGUGGCUCACAUAUCGGUAACUAAAAACUGGGAUUUCAAGUUCUUAAGAUAUUCUCUGAGAGUGAGGUACCAACUGAUUAGAAAAGAUUUCUGCUUGCAUUACUUAACUUUGAGAUAAUCACAUCGUAUGUUAGGUAGAUUCAGAACAAAUUAUAUCGUGUUCUUCUCAUUUCAGUUUUUUAGAAAGAGUGUCUAUGAAAUAAAAGUAU